UCGGCCGGUUAGGCCCGAUCCACUAGAUUUGCCGCCUCCCAUCGUCGAUCGACGGCUCAUCGGAUCUGUUUUGUAUAAAUAUAGCUGUUGUGAAGCUUCUCCCUCUCCUCACUGUCUCUCUUGGUGCGUUACGAUGACGACCGCCAUGGGUCCUCCUCCUCCGAGAACCCCCAACCCUCUCGAAACCCCGGACCAAACUUCUUCUUCUUCUUCUUCUUCUUCUUCAGUUCCUUCAGCAGAUUCUACAAUGAAGACUCCCAUGGGACCUCCUCCUCCUUCCAAGGAACCUAGCGCUCCAGACGCACCACCAGCUGCCCAAAACGACGUCGCAGAAGGCGGUGACAACCACACCUCUCGUGACUCCCAGAGAAUUGCUGUUCCCUACACAAAAAACUACACGAUUCCUCCUUGGAGUGGACCUCCGUGCCACCACUUCUUUUUCGAGGUUCUUAAGGAAGGCUCUAUAAUCGACCAAUUCGAUGUACACGAGAAAGGGGCUUACAUGUUUGGGCGCGUGGAUCUUUGUGACUUUGUGCUUGAUCACGCGACCAUUUCUCGCUUUCAUGCCGUUCUCCAAUUCAAACGAAGUGGAGAAGCCUAUGUUUAUGAUCUCGGUAGCACCCAUGGUACUUUCAUAAACAAGAAUCAGGUUGAGAAAAAGAGCUAUGUGGAUUUACACGUUGGUGAUGUCAUUCGAUUCGGACAGUCAUCUCGUUUGUAUAUUUUCCAAGGACCAACAGAGCUUAUGCCACAAGAAACUGACUUGAAGAAAAUAAGAGAUGCUAAGAUACGAGAAGAUAUGCUAGAUCGAGAAGCUUCACUUCAACGAGCAAGACAUCAAGCAUCUCUUGCUGAGGGUGUCUCAUGGGGCAUGGGAGAGGAUGCCAUUGAAGAAGCUGAGGAUGACAGCGAUGAGGUAACUUGGCAAACUUACAAAGGACAACUAACAGAGAAGCAAGAAAAAACCCGUGAAAAAGUCAUUAAAAGAAUGGAAAAGAUUUCUCAUAUGAAGAAAGAAAUAGAUGCUAUUCGCACUAAAGACAUAUCUCAAGGGGGGUUGACACAAGGGCAACAAACUCAGAUUGCUCGAAAUGAACAAAGAAUAGCACAGAUCAUGGAGGAACUUGAAAAUUUGGAAGAGACACUAAAUGAGAGUAUUAGAGAAAGUCUUGGCGCACGUGCUGGGACUAUAGGUCGUGGGAGGAAGAAAGGAGCAGCAGAAGAAGAUGAUGAAUUUUUAAGUGAUGAUGAUGACUUCUAUGAUCGAACAAAGAAAAAGCCUUCUAGUAAAAAGGCUGCUGAACACCAAUCUGUUGAAACUGCUGAUACCCUUCUUGAUAAGAGAGAUUCCAUCAUAAAAGAAAUUGAAGACAAGAAAGAGGUGCUUCUGAUUGAGAAGAACAAAAUGGUGUCUGAGAAAAUGGACGAGACAGAAACUGGAGAUGCACUUGAUGCUUUCAUGUCUGGUAUUUCAUCUCAGCUAGUCAUUGAUAAAACUACCCAACUCCAGGAGGAAUUAUCAGCUCUCCAGUCUAAACUGGAUAGAAUAUUAUACCUCCUGAAGAUUGCAGAUCCAACAGGUGAAGCUGCUAAGAAAAGAGUUCUGAAGGUACAAGAGUUGAAGCCUAAAAAAUCUGCGACUCUUGCAGCUGCCAGCAAGAAGCAACCUACCAAGGAACCAAAGGAAAGUAGCGAGCCUGAAGAACCAGAAAAUGGCUCCAUGAAGAAAGAAAAAACUGUAGAUGCAACUGUGAAGUCAGACAAGAAGCCUGAAGCUGAUGAGAUUAUGCUAGAGGCAAUGGAGGGAAAAACUCCCGUAUAUGUGGAGGCCAAGCCCCAGUGGCUUGGAGCUGUAGAGAACAAGAAAAUAGAGGAGAGCCAACAAUCAGUGCCUUUAGACGUGCAGGACUCUGAUGAUUUUGUUGACUAUAAAGACAGGAAGAAGAUGCUGGUUAAUGGUGAUGGUUCACAGACAAAAGUAGAAAGUGGGCUUGAAAACGCUGCCCCGGGGUUGAUCGUCAGGAAGCGGAAGCAAGUUCAUGAAGUUGAAAGUAACAAAAAAGAUGCUCGUGAGCAGACGACAUCUUCAGCUGAACUUAUGGCAAUGGAUGCUGUGGCGUUACUGUUAAAACAUCAAAGGGGGUCUUAUGCAUCAGGAGAAGACAAUAAUAUAGAGAGCCAAGAAACAUUGAAACAGCAUCAACCGAGCAAGGAUAAAAAGCCUAAACGAGUGUUGGGUCCCGAGAAACCUUCAUUUCUUGAUAGUACUUCAGAUAGUGAAACGUGGGUUCCGCCUGAAGGGCAAUCUGGUGAUGGCCGAACGUCCUUGAAUGAUCGAUAUGGCUACUAACUCAAACGAAAGAAGUGACAAUUCAUUGUUCUACUUCCACAUACGAACUAUUGGUGGCUUGGUCCGGAACGUCAUCGAUCGAGUAGGAAACGGUAAACAUGACUCAGAAAAAUGUAUGGUGAGCGCUGAUAACCAAAAAAAAAAAAAGAGGGGCCAUUGAUAACUUCAAGAAGUUGAAGCUAGAGGAAGCAUGACUAUAGCUUCUACAAGUCGGUUGUUUGAAGAAGCAUAUAAUUAUAUUCUAAAAAUGGUGCUUUCGUGUUUCGUGAGUUCAUGUAAAGACUAGUAAAAAGAGAAGAAAGUGAAUGUUGGGUGGAAAUCAGCACAAAUGUUAUAAAUUGCCUUUUCGCUGUAAGAACAUAUCAUUAAAAAACAAAAAAACAAAAGCAAAAGAAAGAAAAAAGGAAAAUGUCGUUUUGUCUUCGAAAAUUGAAUUACGCUCAAUUUAGAUCACGCUUAGUUGUUUGAUGUACUGAAACACGUCGUUAAUUGUUUGUUUAUAAGCUUGCAAUGGCUAGCGACAACAAUGGGGCGGUAUAGGGAAUGCCUUCUACUAUCUGUUACCCAAACUCGUCGGAUUGAAUUGAGGGUGUGUUUG